AUGAAAGUCAUUAUCAUUGGCACCGGCCUGGCGGGACCCGCACUGGCGCUCGCCUUGCACAGACACGACAUCUCAUGCGCGAUAUUCGAUCUCCGCGACAAGACGGGUUUUGACGGCGGCUUCGUCGCGCUGGCGCCCAAUGCCCUCCGCGCGCUCGACCGGAUCGACGUCUACGACCGCGUGGCCAAGCAAGGGUGGAAUUACGAGGCCUUUCAAUUCCUCUCGUCGCGCAACCUCAGUCACAUCGGCACCAUCCUGAACGGCAGCCAGCACCGGUACGGGUAUAAAGCGCUGCGCGUCUCGCGGGGCAUUGUGCGCCAGACGCUGGUGGAGGCUCUCCACGAGCACGGCAUCCCCGUGCAUUACAAUGCGCGGUGUGUCGCCAUCCGGGAGACGGAGCGCGGCACCGUCGUCGCCAUGUUUGCGGACGGGCGCACCGAAGAGGCUGAUUUCCUGGUCGGAGCCGAUGGGAUCCAUUCGCGCGUGAGGGCGUACCUUGAUCCUGGUGCCGUGCCGACUUUUAGUGGCCAGUUGGGCGUGGGGGGGAGUUUACCCAGGUCGCGACUCGGGAUGGUGGGUCAGAAUGUAUACAUGCCGUGUUUGAUCUUGGGGAAGCUCAACUCUUUCAUGUUCAUGCCGUGUACCUACACCGGAGACCGGGUCGGGUGCUUCGCAACCGUGGAAGGCGACGACCGAUCGCGUGGAGAGUGGAACAAGCUCCAGAACGACAAGACGGCCUUGUACGCGACUCUGCAGAAGCACCAUGAGAACGAGAGAUGGCCUGACCUGGUCCACGCCGCGUCGAAGAAUAUCGACGUCGAGACACUCACUCUGUGGCCCUACUACAAGGUCCCCGAGUUGAGCUCCUGGUCCAGCAAAUCCGGCAGAGUCAUUGUGAUAGGCGACGCCGCGCACGCAAUGCCGCCAACAGGCGGUCAAGGGGCCGCGAUGGCCUUUGAAGACGCCCUCACCCUUGCUGACACGCUGAGCGCGCUGAAAAUGGACGAGACGGGGAAAGAGGACGAGUCCGCGGCUCGAGCAACAGACGCCUUGUCACGGUGGCAGUCUGUACGGCGGGAGCGGGUCAAGAAGAUCCUGGCCUUCACUGCCAAGGGCGGCGAUAUGAGGAAGCAUUCGGUCGGCACGCUGCAGCAGCUCGUCAAGGAGUGGUUGAUGUGGGCUUACUUUCUCUGGGUCGGCGACGAGGGCGGCUUGUCUUGGAUUUACGAGUAUGACACGGCCACUAUGGUACCAGGCCACCGGGACGAAAAGUUGUGUGUGUCGGCGUGA